UAGAAUGGUUCAAAGAUAGACACAAAAUGCUGGAGUAACUCAGUGGGACAAGAAGCAUCUCUGGUGAGAAGAAAUGGGUGAUGUUUCGGGUCGAGACCCUUCUUCAGACUGGUUCAUUGUAAACUGAGCAGAAUGUGACAAUGAGACAUAAUCAAUAAAAUUAAUCAGGACAGUGCAACUCAAUUCAUAAUGAAUCAUUCUACUUAUCAUUGAUCCUCUCCUGCUUUAAUCUGUUGUUUACACACUAUAACCCUUCCAUAUCUCUUGUCUCCCUCUCCCCUCACUCUCACUGAAGAAGGGUCUGCAGGUGUGUUCAGUUCCUGAGACCAUGUUAUAAGAAAUAUGUUAUCUGACCCGCUGAGGUACUCAGGUAUUUUGUGUUUACCUUUUACCUAUCCUGGCAGAGUUCCUCCUGUGAAAUCACGGUGCGAUGACAAAUGGUCCACAAUGCAAAUUGAAUAUAACACAAUUAAUUUGGGAACUCAAUUUGUAAUGCAUGUGAUGUAUUGGUUAUAUUUUGAGCUAAGAACCACUUAAAAGUUACAUUGAAAAUUGACAAGCAGAAAGAAGACUGUCUUGCACUAAAUACAAGUCUAGAGAGAAAAAAAAGUCUAUUUUCAAGCAACCUUCACGCAGUAUUCAGACACUGUUGUUCAUUAAGUUCAGUUUCACUGCGUCGCCCAUUCCUUCUCUCCAGAGAUGCUGCCUGUCGCGCUGAGUUACUCCAGCAUUGUGUGUCUAUCUUCGGUGUAUAUAACCAGCAUCUGCAGUUCCUACCUACACUUGUAUCCAAUCCGCGACGUGAUUUUCUGCGCCUUCAACAACUCCAGCGAAAGGCGGCGGAAUAAAAUUGCACCCGGGGGCGCCGCGCCGGGCAGACUACAGUCGGAUUUAAUGUCAGUGGCAGCAUGCAGCACCUCACCGCAGCAUUCCUGACGUUGCUUCUACUUUUAACCGAGCGGGCCGGUGGCCGGCAUUGCACUUCCCCGUGUGAAUGUCCCGAGGAGCCGCCACUUUGCCCAGCGGGGUCGCGGCUGGUGCUGGACAAGUGCGGCUGCUGCCGUGUGUGUGUCAAGCAAGCGGGCGAGCCGUGCUCGGUCAAUGACAGCUGCGACCACGUCCAGGGGCUGCAGUGCGAUUACAGCGCCGACAGCCCACACCGCCUCGGCGUUUGCAUCGCACAUGAAGGUAAUAUCUGCAUGUACGAUGGUGUCAUCUAUCGGAAUGGAGAAACCUUCCAACCAAGCUGCAAGUAUCAGUGUUCCUGCAGAGAUGGUUUAAUUGGUUGUGUACCCCGCUGUAAUUUGGAUAUCCUCCUCCCUGGCCCUGACUGUCCAUUUCCCAAACAAGUACAGAUGCCAGGAGAGUGCUGUGAACAGUGGGUGUGUGACCAUAAACAGGACAGUCCUCUUGAAGAACUUGCUCUGGAAGUUUACAGACAGGAUGUGGCCCAUGAAUUGGAUCUGCAUAAUCCUGGUGUGAACUGCAUACAACAGACAACACAGUGGAGUGCCUGCUCCAAAACCUGUGGCAUGGGUAUUUCCACCCGCGUUACCAAUAAAAACCACCGUUGUGAUAUGGUUAAGGAGCUGCGGCUUUGUGAGGUUCGACCAUGCGGUGAUUAUAAAGUCACAGCUAAAAAAGGAAAGAAGUGCAUCCGCACAUCAAAAGCAACAAAACCAACUCGUUUUGUAUACAAUGACUGCUCUAGCAUCCAGUACUUUAAACCUAAAUAUUGCGGAGUCUGCACUGACAGAAGAUGCUGCACACCUCACAACACCAGAACGUCUCAGCUGGACUUCAAAUGUGCAAGCGGACUAAUUAUUAAACAACAGAUGAUGAUCAUUAACACCUGUGUCUGCCAUUAUAACUGCGCCCAAGACGACACUGCUCUUCAAAUGGAACAAUUAUCAAGGCCUUGAAUAUUUGCCUUGUACUUUCAUAGCUGGUUAUUGCAGCAUUGGGGUUUUUUUUAACAUAUGUCUAAAUAAUCUUUAAACACAUUGAGUUGGAGUUUGUUUGUGAAAUACUUUUCGUUUCACAUACUGUAAAUAGUAAAACUGAUCUAGCAUUAUUACAUUGAGAAUUAUGUCUGUACAGUUCCUAUUAAUGCUAUUAAAAUAUAUUUUUAUAUAAACAUUGCAAAUGUCUUCAUUUCCCGUGUUAGUAGAUAUUGAUAUUUUGCUAAGCAGUCUAAGUUGAGAUGAAGCUACCAUCUUUUACAUAUUUCGCUUGGGCAGCUUACAACCCAGCGGAAUAUUGACUUCUCUAACCAAGUAACCCUUGCUUUCCCUCUCCCUCCAUCUAGUUCUCCGACUAGUUUAACUGUCCUCCUGAUUCAAUUUUACUGCCUGCAAGGCUAUUUGUCACCUUCCCCAUAGCUAACAAUGAUCUAUUCUACAUUUUCCUUGAUUUUCAUCACCUUAAUCUCUCCUUUUCAUACCUUACCCUUCCAUGUCCCCCUUCUCCCCUGACUCUCAGGCUAAAGAAGGGUCUUGACCUGAAACGUCACCCAGCCCUUCUCUCCAGAGAUGCUGCCUGUCCCUCUGAGUUACUCCAGCACUUUGUGUCUAUCUUUUACCUAUCCUGGCAUGUUUCCUCCUGUGGACUCACAGUUCAGGGAGUUCUGAGAUGACAAGUGUUAUAUUAUACAAAUUGAAUAUAACACAAUUAAUAAAUUAGGGAACACAAUUUGUAAUACAUGUACAUGUGCCAUAUUGGUUAUAACACAUAUUUAUCAGGAGCAAAGAAACACUUAAAAGUUGCAUUGAAAAUUGAUAAGCAGAAAAAAAUGCUGUCUUAGAAAAGAACAAGUCUAGAGAAAAACAACUGUUUCCAGUCUGAAGAACGGCCUUGACCCGAAACU